AUGAACACUCCAUUCGUCGAACCACUCGCAGGCCAGCUGAUGGUGCUGGGGGAGAGAACGACGUUUGACUUCACGCGUCCGGCCAUGGAGAGAUCAGCCGGAAUAAACCCCGCCAUUGCCCCGACCUUCGACUUCACGUGUCCGCUCCCGGAGAGAUCUGCUGUAAUGCGCCGGGCCGACGCGACAGAUGUGGACGCGGACGACGACAGGGCUAUCGAGGAACUCCUAGUUGCCUGUCCGUCUCGUGGUAAGAUGAGGCGGCUGGCGCUGCCUCCAGUCCCUUCGGCAUCAUAUGUCCCCCCUUCAUCGUACGCCAGCCCACUUCGGCAGUUUACUCGGCUUGAGGAGAAGAGCGAGAGGGCACUCGUGUUGUCCAAGACAAUGAAGCACCGCAAUGCGUGGCUGCGAGGCGAGCUCCAUGCCGUCCACGUCAACAGCGAGGUCACACAGCGUGUCCUGCAGAGGGCGCUUGGAGAGGAGAGGACGAUGAAGAGAUUGCUCGAGAGUAAUGUCGCCAGCGUCGAAGACAUUCAGCGGGACCUACAGCGAUCGCUCGAAGAGGAAAGAGCGUCAAAGGAGGCGCUCCGGCUGGACCUCACCAAUCGUGUUGCUAACAUCGAAGCUAUGCGGCAGACCCUGGAACAAUCGCUCCAGAAGGAGAGGGAGGCGAGAGAAAUGCUCCAGCGAGACUUCACCGUUCGCGCUAGAAACAGCGAUGCCGUUCAACACGACCUAGAGCUGUCGCUCGAAGAGGAGAGGCAGGAGAAGGAGAAGGCCCAGCAGGAUCUCGCUUCUUGCGUCGCUAAAGGCGAGGCUGUUCGGCGUGAUCUGGAGAAGUUGCUGGAAGAGGAGAGGGCAGAGAAGAAGGCCAAGGAGGAGAUCAAUCAGGGCCUCGCCGAUCGCGUCAAAGACAGCGAAUCAGCUCAGCGUGACAUGGAGCGGUGGCUCAAGGAGGAGCAGGCGGAUAAGGAGAAAACCAGGGAGGAUCUUGCUUCUCGCGUCACUACCAGCGAGGCUAUUCAGCGCGAUCUGGAGAAGUCCCUCAAAGAGGAGCAAGCGGCGAAGGAGGCGCUUAAGAAGGACCUGGACGCAUGUACCAUGCGCGUGCAAGAGCUCGAAACACAGGCGUCCCGACAGCAGGAAAACAUGGAGAAGCUGGAAGCGGAGAUCGAACAGCGGGAUACAAUGAUCAAGAACCUCGAGGAAGAGUUGGAGAACCAGCGCGCUGAGGCGAGCGCUGAGCGACAAAAGUUCGGGGAGAAGAUGGAGGAGUUGACCGCCGAGAAACAAAAGCUCAAAGCAAGCCACGACCAGCAAAUUCAAAAGCAACAGCCUGUUUCGGCCAGUGGAGAAUCCUCGUCGAGGACCCAACCGGUGAUUCCACUGCCUGACGGCCUACCGGCGUUGCCCAAGCCAACCAUGCGGAUACCAGGCGCCUUGGACUCUGACGGGGAAACGACCGGCCCCGAAGACAUCGGAGACGUCGACGAUGCAGACGACGAAGGUUCAAGUGGGGAAAACAGCUGGCCCAACACGAGUCGCCAUCGCGCGCCAUCACCGUCACGCGCACGUCCUACAGCGAAGGGCAAGGCCAAGAAAGAUGUGAAAGGGAAGGGCAAGGAGGUAGUGAAGGAACCAAGUUUGGCCGGCCAGGGCAGUGGGCACGCCGCUUCUUCCUCCAAUGUCCCGUCGACAGGCCCAUCUUCUAUCCAGAUGCCACCAGUCUCUCCACCUGGCAAUAUGCUUGCCAGUUCCUCCUCCAAUAUCCCGUCAACAGGUGCAUCUUCUAUACAGGCGCCAAUGGUUUCUCAAUCUGGUGAUGCGCCUGCCGGUUCUUCCUCCAGCGCUCAGCCGUCAGGUUCACCACCACCAGUUUCUUCGCAAGCGAUACUACCGGAUACCGACGGGGUUCGUCUUACUGCGCCGCUGAUAUUCAAGAUUGGAGGAAAGGGAAGGAAGACCGCCAUUGAGAAAAAGGCCCGCAUUGCGCUGACGCAAGAGAAGGAGAAGUUCGCGAAAUCGAACUUUCGGGCUGCGCAGUUGGAAAUCGCCGUCAAGGGUGAGGAGGCAGACGAAGACAUCGUCGCCGCUUUCAAUGCUGGCGGCGAUGUGCGGCCAGAUCCCAAACAUCCGCGAUUCACCUUGAUCUCACCGUCCGACAACCUUUGGAAUCGGUACAUCAUCAGCAUGCUGGCUCAAAAGAUGUUGCAGCAGCAGGACGAGGAGGGAUUUGUGACGUACAUCAACAAAAAAUUUGUGCGCAUACCACGCGCAACCUUCGCGUAUUGGGAAGACCUCUGCUGGGAUCAAUGGACGCGCAUUCGAGGGUUUUGGGUGGAAGCACGGCCGAGAGUCGUCACGGAUCUUGGGACCGGAUCAGCGCGCCUGGAGCAGCAUGACGAGAUCACUGCGCGCAUCGUCCACAAGGAGGCUACGUCUGAUAGGUCUAGCAGGAUGGCAGCGCGACGACACCGGUUGCUGUUACGCCGGGAAAGAGUUUGCCAGAUCAUGGUGCAAGAAGCGCAGACGAGUAUCGACCAGAAGUUUUGGGCGACCGCACAGGAAGUUUUGGAACUUCUGGGCGAGGAAGGGAUGAGUUCAGACGAAACUAACGACGAGGCUGGCAUCAUCACAUACCGAGCUCAUGCGCAAGAAUGGCGUCGUGACCUGGAUCGUAUGAUGCAGAAGAUUGAUGUAGCCAGGGACGGGGCUUUCACUCGUCGAGGAGUCCGUCCAUCGCCUCGGAUACGAACUGGUCGGGAUAUCGCGUUAGGAGCGCAUGGAGGCACGUUGAGGUCAAUCCGGAAGCCGCCGCACUCUCUGCCCAGAGAGUUAUACGAUGCAGAUUGGCUUGCAACGCGAACGCAGCAAUACAACGCGCAUCUGGCUAUAAAGGAUGUCGAUAUCGGCAUUGCAGAGUUUAUCUAG